AUGGCUCUGUGCCCUUGCCUUCUUGCUGUCACCUCGUUGGCGAUUCUGGUGCGUGGGCAGAUCCAAAGCCGACAAGAUGCCUUGCUCUGUGCAGCAGAGCCCUGGGGUCGCUACUCUGCCAGUGGGGGACUUUACACCGUCAAUGGCGUGCAGUACAUGUACAGCUUCGGGGGAGAUACCGUCAGUGACGAAGAUGGCCGUGGAGGUGUUGUGAACACCAACUGGAGGUUUCGGCUAACGGGAAACGGAACCAAGUGCUGGGAACGCCUUGCCGACAGCCCUGCCGCCGUGGGCUACCGCAGCACGGCGACUAUCCUGAAUGGGACGCAUGUCUACCUUUUCGGCGGUGGCGACGCGAGGCGUGCUGCGACUGGACAACUUUGGAGGUACGCAUUGCUCGAGAAUACUUGGAAGGAGCUGCUCCCUUCUGAGGUUGCGGGCUCCUGGCCGACGGCACGCUACAAGCAUGCUACCAUAAAGCUCUCAGAGACAAAGAUGUUGCUUUUGGGCGGUCGGAGUGGGGUCACUGUCCUAUCUGAUGCCUGGCUUUUUGACCUUGAACAAAUGUCAUGGUCACUUGCAGGUGAGAACAUUUUGCAAGUGUAUAGACACGGCAUGGCCUAUGACCCAACCAGGCAUGUCGCGUGGAUCAACGGCGGGCUGGAUGGCAACAGGCAGCGAUACGGCUCCCAGCUAUGGCGCUGGAACCUCUCCUCGUUUGAGAUCGAGCUUAUUUCGACAGAGGGCCCUGGGCCAAGUCGAUUAGCAUCACAUGCUGCGGAGUACAUUUCAGAUCUGGAUGCAGUUCUGUUGUGGAGUGGCACCUGCUCCGACGACGUGCAGUUGUACCUCUACAGCAUUGCAAACAGCUCUUGGUGCGCGGUAUAUGCUGCCAACCGCCCUGACAGGCGAGAUGCCAUGAUUUGGGCAUUGGAUUAUCCUAAGUUUUACGUGGCCCAGGGCGAUCUCAUCUGCCACAAUUUCGGGGUUUGUCCCAUCGUUGAUGUGCACAUGUUUGACUUCUCGGCUCCAUGGCAUGGCUGGCAGAUGCUUUACGAGCCGCGGAACGCCCGAGGAACUGGCAGCGAGCCUUUCUGCGAUGGCACGAACAAAGGGUCGUGUCAGCCCCAGCCGCUGCUACAAGAACAAGGGGCGCGCAUCAGCCAGCCUGCUGGAUGCGAGAGAACGUUUAUGGACCCGCUGUCAACCUGGCCAGCAGUAUCCAGCACGACCACGCCUGCGACGAGCAGCUCUCAGCCACCUGGUUCCGCAGGGGCUCAUCAAGCUGCUUUUGGGCUGGCUGUGGCACUUUGGGCUUGCACCAUGGAUUUGUAG